AUGGCGGCGGCCCCGACGGUCGCGGCGCAGAUGGUCCAGCUAGCCGACCUCUACCAGACCGCCGGCGCCGGCGAGGCGAUCAAGGACUACCUCACCGCCCGAAAGAUCACAGCGACGCCGACUUUGGCGCUGAUAGCACCCACGGUGGAGCGCUUCACUACGCUCCUCAUUGCGCCGUUCCUCGCCGGGGUCACCAUCGACGCCAAGGAACACAAAGCGGAGGAUGGGCAAGACGCCGUCGCGUCGGCCAUCCUGACCCAUCUCUUUGUGGAGGCCCGGCGGCAGUGGGACGCGGUGUCCUCGACACCGCCGCCAUCAGCUUUGCCAUCGCCGCCAUUGCCGCCGCCUAUCAACCCGGGCCCGUCCUCGGCCCACGUGCCGGACCGGCCGCCGAAGACCUUCUCGGCGUGGAACCAGCAGGUCAAGGCCUAUGAGGACCGCCUGCUCGACGGCAAGCGCCGCACCUUUCCGGUACAGGAGUUACUGGGCGCCGAGGAGAUACUCGCCAGGAUGUGGUUUGAGCACACCGUCUCUAAGAUGUACACGCCGGUCACCUUGGGAGAGAUUGUGUCGCGCCGUACAUGGACGCCGGGAAGGGUGCUCAACCCGCUCGCGGCGAACAGAGCCUCUGCCGCCGCCAGCUCCAAGGCACUGCGCUUCGACCACGGCGCGCUGGUGCAGGAGGAGCCGGCGGAAUGGUCCCCCAAGGGCCUCUUUUCGACGAUCGACGGGGCCAACGCAGCCAGGUGGGCGUGGACCCUGCUCGGCAUCGGCGAGGAGGACGACGUGAUGAAGUACGCCGACUGGUUUGUGGCGAAGGCUCGGGCGCACUCGGAGAUGGUGCCGGCGAUCCAGGCCUUCUGGCACAAGACGGCGUGGACCCUGGCCAUGGCGCUGCGGAACAGCACGUCCUUCCACGAGGCCACCAAGCACAUCAUGAACGACGUCGCCACCUGGCAGGAGCAGACAGAGGACCAGGACCCGACGUGGUGGGGCAUGGGCGGAGGCCGCAAACGCCGUCGCGGCGGCAAGGCACGCAGCAAAGGGCGCGGCGGCAAGGAGAAGCAGCAGCAGUCCGGACGCGGCAAGAAGGCGAGCCAGGACUGGUGGGGCCAGCCCGCCGCCGGCGGCAAGCAGCAGCACUACGACGAUCAGGUACCCGACCCACCACCGCCGAAGAAAAUCAAGCUCUCCAGCCGGACGCCGAGGGGCGACGAAGUCAUUGUGCUGUCGGCGUUCGACGGUGGACCGCGCCGCCAUGACUACAACAUACCCGGGAUCCACCACCGCGGCGACAUCACGGAGGACUCCCCCAAGGACACGGCGAAGAAGAUCGCCGAGCUCGACCCGGAGGCAGGGUGCAUGAUUAUUUUCCUCGCCGCGCCGCCGUGCCAGGACUUUUCCCGCGUGGGAGACCGGGAGGGUCACGCCGGCAACCGCGGCUACCUCUUCAACUUCACGGCGGAUUUCAUCGACGAGCUGCGGCCUUUGCUCGCGCCCCGCCGCUUUGGGGUGUUGGUCGAGAAUGUCGAGAUGACGCCGGCCGACGCAGCAGCCGCGACCAAGCGACUGGGCUUCGAGCCGGUGUUCGCCGAUGCGGCGGAGUUCGGCUGGAUAGGGCGCCCACGGCUGUGGUGGACGUCGAUCGACUGGGAGGAGGUCACCCACGACCCCACCACCGCCGAGAGAUGGACAUGGGUGCUGCAUCGCCGCUGGAACAGGCUUCGCCUCGACACACCCAGGGCGGCCGCCGAAACCUUUGACUUCGACGGCCUCAAGUUCGCCGACGCCGUGGCAUCGGGGAGAUUGCGACUGCCAUGUUCGACGACCCCGGCGGCCGAUGAAAGAGGCAGACCGCCGCCGCGUUCGAUGAGGGGGAAGGUGACCACCGACGUUCAGCAGCGGUGGCUGCUGGACAGCCGCCAGUUUGCGCCGUGGCACUACCAGAGGGAGGCCAUGCUCGCCGACGACCAGGGGAAGCUGGUCGUCCUCACGCCGGACGCCAAGGAGCAGCUGCACCACAUGCCCAAGGGGUACACGGCGAGAACCAAGGACGGCGAGUUGGAGCCGCGCACCCGCCAUCGCCUCAUCGGCAACGGGUGGCACUGGGGCGUGGCGCGCCGUCUCAUCCUGGCCCUCCUCGUCCACACGGCGGUCGCGGCGGCAGAGCCGUUGGAAGUACCCAGGUCACCGUCGAGUACGACGAUUCAGUGGAUCGCCGACCAAUGGGGACCCCAAGGCCCACAAUUGGGACCAGCCCCGCCGCGUCCCAGCAUCGAGUACCUGCAGGACCUCGACGAAGACGGACACUGGGCGGCCUCGGCGAUGAUGCGACAUCCCGUAAAGGCACCGCCGCCACUUGAGCCGGCGUGGGAGAGACUUCUUGUACUGCGGCACCGGUGGCGCCACGACCUGCCGAGGAUACGCCGCGAGGUCAUCGCCGAGGUGCAGGGCAUGGUCGAGGACCUCGCCGAACAGACCCAGGUGUGGAUGGCGGCACGUGCGUGGUGCGUCCGCAACACCUACAGCACGCCGGACAAAGAACGGCCGACCCAGGUGCUGCCCAAUAGAUCCAAAUAG